UCACCGUUCCGUGCCGUAGCCGAAUAAUGGUACCGUCCGCUUUGGUGUGAAACCACCAAGGCCGUAUAUCCGCUUCGUGAAUGUGCCCCCCCCCCUCAAGGUGACCCUCGCGAGUCCACAAGAGAGCUUCCAGUGGGGCCCAUUGCCGUGACACGUGUACAAGGGUCUGCAACGCUUCUAACAUAGUUGGGUUUAUUGUGGUUUGAGUUACAUGGAAGCUGGAGACUUGAGGAAAGGAGGUUCGUACCACAAAACUGGUACAUACAAGGUCACAGACAAACAUAUGCGUAUUCACUCAGGGAGCAGGUACCUAAGAGGAAGACAGCCCUAUAUAAACAAGACCCCUCCCCCCGCCUCUUCUUCAAGGAUCUAAACCAUCAACACUAAACACCAAACCUCAUACCAACUUCCAUCUUCAAGCCGACCUUCUAAGUCACUCUACCAAAAAUGUCUAACUUUUACAUCUCCUCUACAGACAUCCGCGUGGAUGACGGCCACAUCCUCCGUGCCCGCCUCCGAACCGAGCACGGUAGUGAGCACGACGGCGAGAUUGACCUAAACCAGUUCAUCGGAAACGACAAUGGUCGCUUUGACUGGGGUGGCGUCAACUUCUCCGAGACUGCCCGAAACAUUUCCUUCGCGAUCGAGGGUGGUGCCAACGUGCCCGUCCUCCGAGCCGAGCUGCAGAACGUCGACGGCGAGUGGGUCGGCGCCGACAUCAACCUCGGCGAGCGCAUCAGCAACGAAAACGGCCAGUUCCAAUUCAACUAGGUCAAAAUAGAUGUGAUGGCCUCCGCCAUUUACGGGAGUGCACGAUCCUCGUACCUCGUUUGGAACCUGUGAUUACACACGAGUCAUAAAAGAUAAAUAAAAAAUAUACCCUACUGACCCAACAAAACCUACGAGCUUAUUCUUCAUCGGAGCAUCUAAAGUUCUUUCGUGAAGUUCUGAAGAAUAGUGACAAUAUACCAUGCCCUCAUGUUGUUAUUAAUCCUCUUGUAUCUCUAGUGUCUAUAUCGAAGUAGGAUGUCGCCAUGUUUGGCUACACCAUACUGGGCAUAUGACAUCCCCAUUCAUGUAGUUGUUAAGAGCUAGAGCUUGAUAUCGCCCACCGUUUAAGACCUAGCUCGGGAUUCCACCGAGGUCCUCCGAUAUGUAUUUCGCUAUUAGGAGUUGUAAAGAUUGUUGAGUAAGGACAAGUGGUAAUAAAUGCAGUUGAUAAGCCUAUAUUACAAGAUAUUUGCCAACAGAUACGAGGGUGCUCAU